AUGAGGAGAAACAUCGUCAACCCCUACCCCAACUCCAGCUCCAACUCCAACUCCAACUCCAGCUCUGCCCCUAAAGCCUAUCUACUUAACAUUAGAAUAACUCCAGUAGCAGUCCCCGGACCUGCAAAAGGGGCCAGGAUCAAGACGAUCUCGGGACUCCGCAGCGAGAUUGCCGGACAUCCUCCGAUAUCCGCUCCCCCCGGGCUUUUACCCCGAGUUUUCACGAUGAUGUCAAGGCCUCGGGCUCACGCGGCGCUCCGGGUAUUGGACCGUCGCCUUUGGUCUUGGGCACCGCGCGUUCUCCACUCUGGGAAAAUGCACCCGGCCGUCGCCCUACUUUCCCCCACGGCUGCCAAGAUGAUGAUCAUUGCCGGGGUGCCCGGGAGCGUGGAUAUAGGGAAUUUCGUUCCGACGACACCAGUUGCCCUAUAG